AUGGUGGAUGCACCUCUGUACAAGCAGCGCCACACGUACACCAGGGAGCUCCCCGACGUUGACCUCCAUGGCAACCACAAGCUCCACGUCGUUUGCACAAGCAAGGGUGAAGACGUGGACAAGAUGCUGUCAACGUUCAGGAGGAAGCUCGAUGGAAUGCCCGUCAAACUAGUCGGCGUUGAUGUCGAGUACAGGCACUAUGUGAAGCCACAUCCAAUGGAACUAGACAAAUUCCUCAUGAAUGAUGAGUACACCUUCGUCGGAUUCGCCAUUGAAGGAGACAAAAACAAGAUGAAGGUAUCUGGUUUCGAGAUCAACUCCGACAACUACAUUGAUAUUCAGGUGGAAUGGAGAGACCCAUACAAUAAAAAGAAGUUUGACUCUUUGGCUGAUGUUGCCGACAGGAUGAUAGACAUUCACUACCAUGACAUGAAGAAAAAAUUAACCGCAAGGAGGACCAUACUUUGUGGGGAUUUUUCCCGUUGUCAGAAAAGCUUAUCAAGUAUGCAGCAAUAG